AUGAGCGGUUUCGAGAAGCACGAGGCGUUCGCCAUCGAAGCCGUCAAGGCGUUGUUGCCACACGUGGAGAAUGAGUGUACGCAGGACGAUUACGGACGCACGGCACUUUCCGUUGCGGCGCAGCACGGUGUUUUACCCAUCGUUCAGCAUCUCGUGAGCGAGUUCACGCCGCCGAACGAGGAGGAUACGGUGGAGGUGUAUGUGAAUUUGCGCGACAAGACUCGAAAUCGGCCGGUGCACUGGGCGUGCGCAUACGGUCGCGGCGACGUCGUGGAUUUCUUGUUGAAGAAUGGUGCGGAUCCAACGCUCAAGAACGACAACAAAGAUAAUGCUUUACACUGCGCGGUAAGAGGAGGCGACGUAAAAUGUGUUGAGUUGCUUUUGAAAUCUCACGGUGCGUUGACCAAGGACAAGAACGCGCAGCAACAGACGCCCGGCGAGCUCGCGGCGGCUCGUGGUCAACCGACGAUUGCAAAAUUAUUGAAAGCUACCGUCCUU